UGUGAAGGUCGUACUUAGAAUUUUCUGUCAACAAUUGACCAACCAAUUCUUCACCUUCUUCCGUUCUCUAUCCCUUAGUUCUUCCCUCUCUCCUCUACCUCCUCCAUCCAAUCACUUAUACCGAGAUCAGGGCUUUUCGGUUCUCAACUCGGAAUUGUUUGACCCUGGCGCCACAUACCAACCGCCCACCCACUCUCUACACUCUCACUUCAUCUCGGCUCUGCAACCCAAAGAGUGACCUAGAGAAAGGAGUUUGGAUUUUGCACAACUUUAAAAAGGAAAAGCGGGAAUAGGAAAUGGGACGAAAAAUGGAAUGGGCAGGGCUGGCAAAUCACAUGGGAGGGAUUCCGAGAAAGCUGGUGUUCAUGGCAGUAGGUGCAUUUUCUAAGAUUGUAGCCACUCGUCUCAACUCCACCUCAGUCCACAAUGCCAACACCCUCAUUCAUCUUGUCCAAUCCCGACCAUCUGGGGUGCCAUUGCUCACUGUUAGCAAUCACAUGUCCACGUUGGAUGAUCCAGUUAUGUGGGGAUUCAAAGGUUUUCCCAUAUUCAAUGCAAAAUUGGCCCGAUGGGUGCUUGCAGCUGAGGACAUUUGCUUUAAUAAUACGGUGCUGUCCUAUUUCUUCCGACUUGGGAAAUGCAUACCUAUAACAAGGGGCGGUGGAAUUUAUCAAGAUCACAUGAACGAAGCUCUUGAGCACUUAAGUGAUGGAGCAUGGUUGCAUACAUUUCCAGAGGGAAAGGUGUCUCAAGAAGAUGCACCAAUAAGAAGAUUAAAAUGGGGAACUGCUAGUCUCAUUGUUCGUGCCCCCGUAACCCCAAUAGUUUUGCCAAUUUUCCAUAAUGGCUUUGAAAAGGUCAUGCCCGAGAAAUAUUUUUGUGGUAGAAGGCCUCCUUUUCCACUAUGUAACAAGAAUGUUAACAUAAUUGUUGGUGAGCCAUUGGAAUUUGACCUCCCCAGAAUGAGGCAGACGGCUAUAUCGACAUCUCGUAAUUUGUCACUCCCUACUAUAGGGUGGCCGAGCAUUUCCCCUAACGAAAUGGAUGAGGCAGCGCAGAGAUGUCUCUAUGCUACAAUUUCUGAACAAAUCCGAACUGCCAUGGAGAGCUUAAGGAUCUUCUCUAAAAGUUUUCAAGCCAAAGGUAGCUGGGGUUCCUGGAGUGACUGAAGUAUUGUUUCUAGCUAGAGAAUCUGCGCUUACUCAAGAGAAACAACAGUCCAGGGAAACACCAAUGCUCUACAGUUGUGGUCUUUGUGGGAAAGGGUAUAGAAGUUCAAAGGCUCAUGCUCAGCAUCUUAAAUCUCAAACUCACGUCACGCUUGCUUCUCAAGGAACAGACCGUCAAGAGGAGGAGAAGGCAAUAAUCAAGCCACUUCCCCAUCGUGUUGUGAGUAAGCCACCCCAACGAAGGGAGGUAAACAAUGAAGAAAGUGAAGAAAGCGAUGAUGAGUGGGAGGAGGUAGAUCCUGAAGACGACUUGGUUGGUGAAGCAACAAAGUCCUUAACUGAAUUGAAUGUACAUGAUAUUGCAGCUAACAAUGAUAUAGAUGAUGUUGACGAUGAUGAUGAUGAGCAUGAGGAGUUGGAUCCAUCUUCUUGCUUUAUGUGUGACCUCAAACAUGAUACCAUAGAGAGCUGCAUUGUUCACAUGCACAAGCAGCAUGGGUUCUUCAUUCCAGAUAUUGAGUAUCUGAAGGAUCCAAAAGGGUUUCUUACUUAUCUUGGCCUUAAGGUCAAGAGAGAUUUCAUGUGUCUGUACUGCAAUGACCGCUGUUACCCUUUUAGCAGUUUGGAAGCAGUUAGAAAGCAUAUGGUGGCAAAAAGUCAUUGCAAAGUACAUUAUGGUGAUGGGGAUGAGGAGGACGAGGCUGAGUUAGAUGACUUCUAUGAUUAUAGUAGCAGUUAUGUUGACGAGGAUGGCAAGCAGCUGGUUGCGUCAGGUGAUAUGGACAACACUGUAGAACUUGGGACUGGUGGAGCUGAACUCAUUAUAACAAGAAGAUCUGAUGAGGGUACGUCAACCAAAACAUUUGGUUCCCGGGAAUAUUUACGCUACUAUCGCCAGAAGCCACGUCCCUCGCCUAUGAACAAUGCUGUGAUUAUUGCAGCACUUGCCUCAAGGUAUAGGAGCAUGGGGUUGGCUACGGUGCAGUCAAGAGAACAGAUGGUGAGGAUGAAAGUGAUGAAGCAAAUGAAUAGAUCGGGAGUGGAGGCCAUGCCUUCAAAGAUUGGGAUGAAGAGCAAUGUUAUCCGGAACUUGCCCAAGAACGUCCUAUACUAGUUCUAGACUCUACACACACAUCUUUUUGUUGAUGAAGUCAUAAAUAAAUUGGUUAUCCAGUAAGUAGCAUAUGCGGAAUCCAUCUGGGAUUUGCUCGGACAUGAUUUGGAUUGAUUUUGUAUAUCAUAAUAUCCUUACCAUAUUGAAAGAAAGAGCUUCCAGUGGGUGGGAGUGUUUUCUUGCUUA